AUGAGUGGCAUUCGUCGAACGAACUUCUCUAGUUAGUAACUUGUAGAUUAAUCUAGUAACUCCAGAAACACUAGUAACUUUGGUAACUCUUCUAGUAAUACAACAAACUAUGUAGCCUCCCAUUUGAAGUGAUUUCAAACUGAAACUUGUAAUUACUGAUUUUAUAAAAUUCGCUUACUUCGAACGAGCUCUGGAGUAUAACAAACGAUUGAACAUUCUCAUGUUCAACAAAACAUUAGCGAAGUUUAAACUUGUGAGUUCAGAUCCUCUAAACUUCUCAAACUUCGAACUAAUUAUCGAUUAAACGAACCGUUCAAAAAGUUCUUCCAAGUUCAACGAAGCUGUGCAAGGUGUAUUGAAGUGUUGAAUAGUUUGUUAUAGUUUUGUGAGAAUUCUAUAUCUGAAUUGAUGUGUUCUGUGCUAUGAGUGGUCAUAAUUCUGUUAUGGUUUAAUGGCUUGUAGUAAAGUUUACCAUCAUUUGAGUGAUACAUUAUAUGUGGUGAAGAGUAUGCAGGGAGACAGGGACUACAUAGGGUUUGCGACGCUACCCGAGCAGGUGCAUCGCAAGUCGGUGAAACGGGGUUUCGACUUCACGCUGAUGGUGGUCGGAGAGUCGGGUCUGGGCAAGUCCACCCUCGUCAACAGCCUCUUCCUCUCAGACCUCUACAAGGACCGCAAAGUUGGAGAUGUCAGCGAACGAGUACAGAAGACAACCAGUAUAGAGAAGAAGAGUAUGGAUAUAGAAGAGAGAGGAGUAAAGCUAAGGCUGACUGUGGUUGACACACCUGGAUUUGGAGACGCGUUGAACUGCGAUGAAAGCUGGCGAGCCUGCUGUAACUACAUCGAUGAACAAUUUCGUCAGUACUUCAACGACGAGAGUGGCCUCAAUCGAAAGAAUAUCGUCGAUAACCGAGUGCAUUGCUGCCUUUACUUCAUACCACCCUAUGGUCAUGGUUUGAGACAAAUCGACUUGGAGCUGAUGCGUCGUCUUCACCAGAAAGUGAACAUAGUACCAGUCGUUGCCAAGGCAGACACGCUCACCGCUGCAGAGAUACGAAAACUCAAACAACGAAUUCUAAACGACAUCGAGGAGAAUAAUAUACAGAUCUACCAGUUCCCGGACUGUGACAGCGACGAAGAUGAAGAAUUCAAGCAGCAGGACAGAGAGCUGAAAGCCUGUGUCCCCUUCGCAGUGGUGGGGAGCAAUACUGUCAUCGAGGUGGGGGGAACACGAGUCAGGGGUCGCCAGUACCCUUGGGGGGUCGUCGAAGUUGAGAACCCGAAACACAGCGACUUCAGCAAAUUGCGCAACAUGUUGAUAACGACACACAUGCAAGACUUGAAGGAUGUGACUGAAGACGUGCAUUACGAGAAUUUCAGGGCGCAGUGCAUCUCACAGAUAUCUCAGCAGGCUAUCAGAGAACGAGGGAAACUGAAACGAGAUUCGAAUUCACAACUAGAAUGUGUGGGCACUAUCUCUGAGACCGACCGACUUCUAAUACAAAAAGACGAAGAGAUAAGAAGAAUGCAAGACAUGCUAGCACAAAUGCAGGAAAAACUGAAAGCAACCAGUCGAAACGGGCUCGACUCCACCGAUCUGAAGAAACGCGACAUAGUCAACGUUUAAUGCCAACAAAAACUACUAGAGUACCUUAUUUCUAUGUUCUAAUCUGUCAAAUAUUUAUCUAUAAAAUAUUCAUCAAUUUAACCUAACUCGAAUCUGUGUUCAUGUAAUGAAACUAUUUAACAUCACAUAAACGUCAAACUAUAUGAAAUGUACAACAAUUCAAUGUUUCAAACUCAAAUAGGUACUGUGUUCAUCUGUUCAUAUAUAUGAUGGAACUGUAUAGCAUCGCAUAGCCUUGAAGAUAUACUAAAUGUUUGAUAACUCUUUAGGUCUAAAAUUAAUCCUACAAAAAAAAUUGAAUAGGUACUGUUUUCUUAUAAUGGAACUAUAUAACUUGAUGGAGCUCUUAUCAAUUUGCAGCAUUUCUAUAGUAAAUAGUGGAUUUUCAAAUAAAACCUGUAGUAAGAUAAAUGUGAAUGAUUUCUGCAGGAGUAGAGGGUUUGAUAUGUGUAUCCAUGUAUGUACCGGGAUUCUAAGUUCUUAUGUAGCCUGUAUCCUGCUUAAGCCAGCAUUACAUUAUGUAAUUCCAUAGAACGUUAUUUUCCCAUAAAAAUAAUGAUAUAAUGUUAG